CCCCAUCUCCCUUCACAACUGCUGCCUCCCUGUCUCUCAUCAUGGAAAACGUCGAACAACGGUUUAAAGGCCAAAAGUUGGCCGUCCAGCCCGUAAAAGUCAAGAAAAUAUGCUGCAUUGGUGCUGGUUAUGUCGGCGGUCCGACAUGCGCGGUAAUCGCGCUCAAGUGUCCACACAUCGAAGUCACCAUCGUCGACCUGAACCAGUCCCGCAUUGAUGCAUGGAACAGUCCUGACUUCGCCCUCCCCAUCUACGAGCCCGGGCUUGUCGACGUUGUCCGUCAAGCCCGUGGGCGCAAUCUCUUCUUCUCCACGGACGUCGACAAGGGCAUCCGGGAGGCCGACCUUAUCUUCGUCUCCGUCAACACGCCUACAAAAAAGAGCGGCGUCGGUGCGGGCUUUGCUGCUGAUCUCAAUUACGUCGAACUUGCAACACGCCGUAUCGCCGCAACUGCCACGACCUCCAAGAUUGUUGUUGAAAAAUCAACAGUACCAUGCCGUACAGCCGAGUCCAUGCGCACGAUCCUGGAAGCCAACUCCAAGAACGGUUGCCGGUUUGACAUUCUCUCCAACCCCGAAUUCUUAGCCGAGGGCACGGCCAUCAAGGACCUCCUCAACCCGGACCGCGUUCUCAUCGGUUCUCUCCAGACCCAGGAAGGUCUCUCCGCAUGUGAAUCGCUUGCUGAGGUAUAUGCGAAUUGGGUUGAGAAAUCACGCAUCCUGACGGUUGGCCUAUGGUCCUCUGAGCUCUCCAAGCUCGCCGCCAACGCAAUGCUCGCUCAACGUAUCUCCUCUAUUAACGCUCUGUCCGCAAUCUGCGAAGCCACAGGUGCUAAGAUUGACGAAGUCUCGCACGCCGUCGGGUGCGAUUCCCGCGUUGGGCCCAAAUUCCUCAAAGCAUCCGUCGGGUUCGGUGGGUCAUGUUUCCAAAAGGACAUCCUCAACCUCGUCUACCUCAGCGAAUCCCUACACCUACCCGAGGUCGCAGCAUACUGGCGUCAAGUCGUUGAGAUGAACGAAUACCAAAAGCGACGGUUCUCCAAGACUGUCGUUGAUACGCUAUUUAACACUAUUACGGGCAAGCGGAUCGCCGUGUUGGGUUUUGCGUUCAAAGCUGAUACGGGUGAUACGCGCGAGAGUGCUGCGAUUACGCUUAUUAGGGACUUUAUGUCUGAGCGUGCGCUUGUAAGGGUUUAUGAUCCUAAAGUUGAGCAUGCACAGAUCUGGCAAGACCUUCAAGAAGCUGCGCCUCAGUCUUCACUUGCAGACAUCCAAAAACAAGUCACCAUCUGCCCAUCCGCCCUCUCCGCCUGCCAAUCCGCCGAAGCCGUCGUAAUCGCAACCGAAUGGUCCGAAUUCAAGACCAUCGAGUGGGAGACCAUCUACACCAGCAUGGAGAAACCCGCCUUCGUAUUUGACGGCCGCCUCCUCCUUGAUGCGGAUAAACUUAGAGAGAUCGGGUUUAAGGUCAAAGUCAUUGGACGAGGUGAACGUCUCUAAAUAGAGGAUUUGGAAGUUAUAGAAUUCCUCGUCAUGGACAGUUGGCUUUAUUUAAUCGUAGACGCAGCGCAAAUACUCGGGUGUAUUCUGAUAACACCCGAUUCUAUACUUUUUCCCAAAGACCCUGCUUGCUUACUCGUUUAGAGACAGUGACUCCACUCAAUACACAAGAGGACACUUAGACUAAAUUCGUUAUCGUUGGGUUAUUUAUCUAUUCGACAAGAAAUAAUAGAGAUAAAAUUGUGUGCGGUGUGGUAUACAGACAGCGUUAUCGUGAUUCGGAAGAAAUCACAAAUGAAAAAUAAUGCUAGUCUACUCCGUUUCGUUCAUUACAGUGGUUCUCCAGUUCCAUCUAUGUGAGAGAACCAGAGACCACUAGAACAUAAUCAUAAAUUCAGGCCCCAAAAGAAAUACGAAUCACACCCCCUGCACGAGAUCAACCGCCCUCGCAAUGACCUCAUCCACCGUCCAAUGUUCACCCUGCGUGUGUUUCAGAUCUAGGACAUCCCCGAUCUCAUCACACGCCCUGAGCACGCAGUCCACAUCCUCCUUUGUAUGCGCCGCACUUAAACAGAACCUCACACGACUCGUUACAAGCGGUGUGGCAGGAUACGCAACUACCACCACUGCAAUCGGGGUUUUCCUCUCCAGCAUCAUCCGACUGAAUACACACAUCUUACCAGGGUUGAAUAGGAGAAGAGGGACGAUGGGACUGUCGACGUGUCCGUAGGUGAUGAAUCCCAAUUUGUCGAGCCCACGAGAAAGAUAGCGCGCGAUGAAUGCAAGUCGACGUAGUCGCAUCUUGCCCUCGCUCCCAUCUCUCAAUGGUUCAGGAAGGUCCAACCAGUUCGGUAUACUCGCCGCUGGUGCCGGUCCAGGAUAGACGUACGCAUUCGGAUCUGAAGUCGAAGAAGGGGGGAGGGGAGGAGAAACACCCAUGAUACUCGCCAUACUUGCAAGAAUCUGAGUCAACACAGGGGGAGUCAUGGCUUCUGCAUACGGUCCCAGAUGCCCACGAACACGGAGUCUGUCGAUUAAUGCCUUUGUGCCAGAGAUGUACCCACCCGCGGCGCCGAAUGACUUUGUGAAUGUGCCCAUGAGGAUGUCGAUCUCAUUCGGAUCGACGCCAAAGUAGUCAGCUACACCUCGGCCGUGCGAGCCGAGAGCCCCGAUUGAAUGCGCCUCAUCGAUGAAUAAAUAAAACUUGUAGCGUUUCUUGAGCUCCAUGAUGACCGGCAAGUUUGUCAUAGUGCCCUCCAUACUGAACAAUCCCUCGACAAUGAGCAAGAUUUUCUUCCAUGGUCGAUGUGUUUUAGGCUGUCCCUGGCUAAUAACCUCACGCAGAAGCGACUCCAGCGCCUCCAUGUUGUUAUGCUUGAACGUGCGAACGUUCGCUCCGCUUAGACGUACACCGUAGCGAAUAGAAGCGUGAUUCAGCUCGUCCGAAAUAACAAGGCAUCCUUUGUUAACCAAAGCCGGCAAGAUGGCAGAAUUCGUUGCAAAGCCCAUCGAACUGAUCAGCGCGUCUUCCUUUCCAAGAAACUUCGCCACAAGUUGUUCAGUUUGCUGGUGCAAGUCGAGAGUGCCACCUUCGAGCCGCGCGCCGCACGCGCCGAUUCCAUAGCGACGAAUACCCUCUUCGACAGCGUCCGCACAUCCGCCACGAGCCUGUGCAAAACCCAGGUAAUUGUACGAAGACAAAUUCAAUGCGCGUGUACGAGUUCCAGUGAGCUGGAAGGUGUCGUUGAAAUCAUUGGUCGUUCGAUCCAGCAAAGUGAUAGUCCGUCCAGGUACACCAGUGCAUGGACGUGCAAAGCAGUCAUCCAUGCGCUUCUUCAGUCUGCGCGUAUAAAACGAAUCAAAGUCUGAGUUUAGUGCAGCGUAUCCCUGAUUUUAAGCAGCGCGUCAGGAUGUCUCGGACACAUGGCAAGGAAAAAAGAAACGUCGACGCACAUCCCUCUCCUUAAGAUGCCGGUAGUUCUUUGGACGAAGUCGCUUGCCAAGGAAGUCGCGAAGGUGUCCGAGACAAAUAAGAAUAAUAUAGCUGAUGUAUGUCGUGAGUAAAAUCCGAUACGGGGGUUCGACCUCCUCAAGGUCGUAUUUGUCAUUGGGACGCGCAGCGGACUCAUACCGAUACUGUUCAUUCGCGCAAUGGCCGAACUCGGAAUGAACGGUAUGAAAAACUUGCUCGGACGUGGGCGGGAUAGUGGGUAGGUCGAGUCCGUCGUCAUGCUUGUUGUCGGUGUAGUCGUCCAACACGGUACUGUCGUCGGUGGAGGAGGUGAAGGUAGAGGAAGUGGAGAGGGCUGGGGUAGUGGAACCGCUCGUGCUCGUGCUGCGCGAGGACCUGCUGAGUGCAUCCAUGUGGGAGACGGCAGAUAGGUAGGAGGCAGCUGAGCUGAGGGGGAUGGACGACUUUUUCUUUCUGGAAAAGAUGGACGGCGACUGAGACGCGGGGUUCAAUGCCAUUGGCGAGGGCAUGGCUGGUGCCGCUGCUCCUUCUUGUUCUCGUUCUCGUUCUCAAGCUCACCCUCGUCCUGCACACUGGCAGAGCACGUCCUGUAUUUUACGUGGACGGACGAGCUUGUGAUGGAGGGAAGAGAGAGGGAG